AUGUGGAUGGGAGGUAGUGGUGAUGAUGGCCAUUCUUUUGGAUUAGUUUCUAAUUCUACAAAACAUGAUAAAUAUUCUGUUAUCACAUGUUUAGAAAUUCUUGUCAAUGAAAUUACUAGUAUGAUACCUGAUGUAAAACAAUUUUUUUUUCCUGAUAAUGCAUCUAGUCAAUUCAAAAAUCGUUAUAUUAUUAUUCAUUUAACAACUAUGCUUGAUGUAUUAGAUAUUGAUUUUAGUUGGAGUUACUUUGCCUCUUCAAAUGGAAAAGGUGUUGUCGAUGGUGUUGGAGGCACUUUAAAAAGGCUUGUUUGGUUGGAAAUUAUGGCCGGGAAGCGAUGUUCAUCUGCUGAAGAUUUUGUUAGGAUAUGCCAAGAAAAAACAAAAACUAUAUCUGUUAUAUUUGUACGACUAGCAUAA